AGAUGGUAGCUAUAAGUUAUCUCACGUUUCCCCACUUUGAGAACAAAUUAUCUUGAACUCCUCUGAUCAGCAGUCUCUGCACCCCUCCCUCCUUGUUUGUAUCAUAUCAGGCAGCUCAGAAGGCAAAGAUAGAUCCAUGUCCACCACCGCAACUACAACCUCUGAAGUUAGCAGCAAUGAGUGGAAAGUCAUACACAUGAGCGAGCAAGAGGAGGAUCUCAUUCGCAGGAUGUACAAGCUAGUCGGGGACAAGUGGAAUUUGAUAGCUGGUCGCAUUCCCGGUCGUAAAGCAGAAGAAAUAGAGAGAUUCUGGAUUAUGAGACACGGCGAUGCUUUUUCUGUUAAAAGAAACGGAAGUAAAACCCAAGACUCGUGAUUUUCUCUGGUCAUGUAUCUUUUCUGGGCAUAAUUCUGCUAAAUAUAUAAAAUUGGGUUAAAUAUAUUUUUGGUGUCUAUAAAAUUUCUUUUUUUUUUUUGGUCUCUGUGAAUUAUUUUGUAUAUUUUUAGUCUCUUGUUUAUUUUUUUGUUAUCAAUAUCAGUUUCUUAAAUUUUUUAUACUUUUUUCUGCCAUUUUUAAUCUCUUUGAUAGACUGAUAUUUAUGACGAAAAAAUUAAUAAAUGAUUUGAAAUAGUAAAAAAAUGAAAUUUCAUUAGAGUUAAAAAUAUAUUUAACCCUAUAAAUUCUGUUCUAAAUCUUACAGAAUUAUCGUCAAUUGUAUUUCUUGUCGUUGAGAUGAGAAUUAAUGUACACUUUCGUUAAUCGGUCAUGAGUAUCUCAUAUAGAAGCUAUGGAAAAGUUUGCAUGUUGGUUUGUAUAAAAGAAAAAGGUGUGUAUUAGUCUGAUUUAAUUUGAGUGAUUUAUUUGAAUUUAUGAUUUUUUUCA